AAUGCAGGUGGGUGGAUAGCAGAAAUUCAAAACCAAAGACGAGAAAGUAGAAUUCUCCAAAAACAAAAAGAAAACUUUCUUCUUUCUUUCAAAAAAAGUUUUGAUGGGAAGCAACAAGAGCUAUUACUCCAGAUCCAACUUCCGAUUUCUGUUGACCGAUCAACAACUGCAAGCAGCGUUGAGUCGUGACUCGCCGGUUUUCGAGUUAGACGAGUCAGAUAUUUAUAACAACUACUCGGUCUCCUCUCGUCCCGACUCACCCGAGUUUCUCACGAGUAGAUUAACCAAAAAGCCGUCGAUGAAGCGCGGCGGCGGAGGGGAUUUUCGAGUUGGAGGAACGCCAGCGUCGCUGCCGGUCAACAUACCGGACUGGUCGAAGAUUUUGAAGGAAGAAUACAGGGAUAGAUGGAGGAGAUCGGAGAGAAACAAUGGCGACGUGGAAGGAGGUGAUAGGAUUCCACCUCACGAGUUUUUGGCGAAGCAAAUGGCGAGGACAAGGAUCGUAUCGUUCUCGAUUCACGAAGGCAGAGGAAGGACCUUGAAAGGAAGAGAUCUGAGGAGUGUCCGAAAUGCAAUUUUCGAAAAAACUGGGUUCCAAGAUUAAUACUUCGAAAUUUCAUUAGAUUUUUCAUUUUUCUAUUUGCAACUGUGAUGUGAUCAAGAGGUUCAUUUUCUUUUCGUGUAGUUCUAACUUCGAGAUGUUUAAGAAAUUUAGCUGAAAUUUAUUCGAAAUUCGUAUUAUUUUUUCAGGGCC